AUCCCCGCUUGCACUGCAAACAAUCUGCCUUCCCCAUUGCAUCCAAGGGAGAUAGCAACAGCAACAUCAUCACUGCAAGCCGGAUGGGAGCGCAGAGAGGAGGCUGCUGAGAGAGAAAGGCACACACGCACACACCAGCUCGAUGUUGCCAAAGCGGCAGGAGCCGCACGAAAAAUAAGCCAUGCUGCUCGGUGUGUCUGGCGCAUUGUGCUCUAUCAGAGCCUUUUAGGAGGAAGAAGAGAAUUACCCACACCGAUUUUUUUUUCCUGCCUGCGAGAGUGCGACAGACUUGCGAUGGUUGAAUGUCAAUGCCUAUGAGAGAGAACAACAGUCAGAGGAGGAGGACAGAAGGGGAGGAAAAUGAAGGUGGGGAUGGUGGUGAAGAGAAAGAAGCACCCUCAUCCAAUGCAUCAAAAGGAAGUCCCUGCAAUUGCUGAUAGAGCUCUGGCUGCCUCACCAUCUACAAUGGUCUGUACAAGCUGCCAAUGCGUUUGAUGACGUUCAUGUUUUGUGAAAGGAGGAAAGGAAACGUGACCAUGUAAGAUCCACGUUUCUCCGGUCAAUUACAUGCGAAGAAUAGGUCUGAUUUCGACGGUUCUUUUUUUUUUUUUUUUUUUUUUUUUUUUGGUCCAGGAUGGUAACUGCCUAGGGAAUAAUACAGCCGCCUUCCCUCACCAGUUUUGCUCUGAUAUUUUUAAUUUUUUUUUUUAAUUUAAUUUUUGGUGUGGUCCAGACAGCUGCUGGAAUAGAGAAGGUCAGAAUAUACAAAUACGUAUAAUAUAUAUAUAUGAUAUAUAUGAUAUAUAUUAUAUAUAUAAAUAUAUUUAUCUCAGUACAUCUGAGAUUAAGCUCAUUGAAUGCUAAUUAUUUCUUUCAGGACUUUUAAUAUUUACAGUGAAAUCUUUUAAAGGCAACAGUACAUUCUGAUGCCACCUGGGAGUACAGUGUUGGAGACGUAGGGUGUUUUCCCAUAAACAAUGUGAAGGUCUUUUUGUUAAAGAGGCAAUUUUGAUAUUAACAGCAGCUACCCAUUUUGCAUUUUGAUAGCCAGAUCGGCUGCUAUUUUGUUCGGGUACACACCAGGUCUCGUGCGACUGAGUUUUAUUUUAUAAUUGAAAAAAAAAAAAAAAGAAAAAGAAAAGAAAAGAAGAAAAGGAAAAUUACUUGAGAUGCCAAAUACUGUCGAGAGGACCAUAUUCUCCCUCUUCCCCACACCCACUGGAGACGCGGACCCUUCUUUUUUACAGGCUUAGAGUCGCCGGAGCCGAGCUGGGCUCCCUCCGGAGCGCCGCACAGCACCGUGCCCGCGCCCCCAGACCCCGCGGCGUGGGAGAUUUCUUCCCUCCUCCCGCUGAUUUGCAAACAAACUUGUGGAAUCCGCCCCGUCCGAGGGGGAGGGGGAUAAAAUCCCCCCGGAGAGUAGAGUGGGUUUCGGUUUUUUUUUAUAUUAUUGCAAGAUUUCAGCGGGCUGCCGGGGAUCUCCCCCUUCUCGCCCUCUUUUGUCGUUUCUCGGCCGGCCAGCGCAGCCCCCCCGCAGCACUGAGGUCUCAGCAGAGCCCCCCGGCCGCGGGGCGCCCGGCUCCUGCCCUUUCUUUCCCACCUCAUCCCCGCCUGUCAAGGAAAGGCACAUGUUAAUACCACCCGGCGCGGUCAUUUUCUGUUACUGCUGCUGCGGGCUCCUCCGUCCGAGACAGAUGUUGCGAAACCAAGGCCUCCUCAAGUGCCGCUGCCGCAUGCUCUUCAAUGACCUGAAGGUCUUCCUGCUGCGGAGACCCCCCGCGCCGCCGCCGCCCUCGCCGCCGCCGCCGCUUCCCAUGCCCGGCGGCGCAGAGGCGGGGGCCGGCGGCGCCGCUCCGCUCGGGGGGCGCGGGCCCGGCUGGCGGGCGGCGGCGGCGGGCGGCGGAGCGGGCAGCCCGGGAGCCGAGGAGUGGGGCAGCCCCGCCGGGGAGCCGCCCGCCUCCCUGCCCAGCAGCACCUCCUCGGAUGACUUCGGCAAGGGCAAGGCCGAGGACCGCUACUCGCUGGGAAGCAGCGUCGAUAGCGGCAUCCGCACCCCGCUCUGCAGGAUCUGCUUCCAGGGUCCUGAGCAGGGGGAGUUGCUGAGCCCGUGUCGAUGCGACGGAUCGGUGAAAUGCACGCACCAGCCAUGUCUGAUCAAAUGGAUUAGCGAGAGAGGCUGCUGGAGCUGUGAGCUGUGUUACUACAAGUACCACGUCAUUGCCAUAAGCACAAAGAACCCUCUGCAGUGGCAGGCCAUCUCCCUGACAGUCAUUGAGAAGGUUCAGAUAGCAGCGGCCAUCCUGGGUUCCCUCUUCCUCAUCGCCAGUAUCUCGUGGCUCAUCUGGUCGACCUUCAGUCCUUCAGCCAAAUGGCAGCGCCAGGACCUGCUCUUCCAGAUCUGCUAUGGAAUGUAUGGCUUCAUGGACAUUGUCUGUAUAGGUCUAAUAAUACACGAAGGGCCCUCAGUUUACCGGAUUUUUAAACGGUGGCAGGCGGUCAAUCAGCAGUGGAAAGUGCUGAACUAUGACAAAACAAAGGACAUGGAGGAACAAAAAACAGGGACCAGGACAAAUCAGCGUCCCUCCUCCCAAACCACCCACUCGUCCUCCACUGGUGGUACAGCCACUAACUCCGCUCCGGCCGACAGCGGGGCCCGGGCCGCCGGCCAUGCCACAGGCACCCUCUCUGACCACCACUGUGCUUACACCAUCCUGCAUAUACUCAGCCACCUGAGGCCUCACGAACAGAGGAGUCAGUCUAGUAGUAACAGAGAGCUCGUCAUGAGGGUCACGACGGUCUGA